AAACGUGUUGGAAGGGGGAAAUUUGAGACAAAAUUCUCGAAUUGCUUGGGAGUUCAAAUACAUUUAUACUCUCAAGCUGGACAAAAGGAGCUCUCAUGAGCUCCUGAGGUAAACUCUGUCGCCCAAACGCACUUCAAUCCAUGAAGUACAGGAAACGAGGGCGUGGCUCAAAAGGCGUCAGGUAAAAUCUGACAGGAAAUAAAAGAAGCUCUCUUUCUUUUCGGUCAUUCAUAUAUCGUGUUCACUCUUCUUUACAUAAUUUGUCAUAACAUAACACCACCCUGUGUGCGAGAAAGGCGCUAUAUGGAUGAUUAUUCUUCUCUGUGUAACCAAAUGACACCGCUAAAGCGUUAGCACGACGGCAUAUAUGAUGUGGUGCGCUCCAUGAGAUUUCCCUGAAGCUGCCCGUUAUUUUUGGGAGGACGCUCCGCCCAGUGACAGGCGAGCGAAGAGAGAGCGAGAGAGAGAGAGAGAGAGAGAGAAAGAGAGAAAACUCGCUUUACUUUCACAGCCGGGCUCAUGUUCAAGCUGCUGCAGUCGGACGAAGCUGACGGAAAAGUGUCGAAGUCGGAAAAACCGAGCGAAGUUGUUUAGCUUGCUAAAUAGUAAACAACAUGGCGAGGACGCAGUAGCGUAGGGAGCUUUGAGAUCAUCACUAUGGCAGUUGAGAAGUCUUCGGGGAAAGGAAAAAAAGCGUGGAGUUCGUAAGAAACGGCAACCUUUCUGGAAACAGAAGCGUGAUUGUCUGCUGAGACGAUGAAGAGUUUACACUGCGUUGGUUGUCAUUGUAACGGAUUGGACAAGUCUCUGUGUCGAGCAGGACACUUCACGUUAACGGAGGGAUUGCCUCUAAGGAACUACACUAUUAUGUUAAUAUAAUAGAAACGUCCCCCAGAAGGGAAGUGUUGGCCGACUGGAGUUGAGGGACACUCGCUGGUUUUGCUCCGUCUUGAGGAUGUCCGGACGCGUGAAAGGUCGCAUUUACGUGCUUGAGGUCGUACAGUACUUAAACACACUGUGUUAUUGCAUUGCAGUGCUCCCCGGGUAUUUCACUCAAUCCAGCAAACCUUUAGUAUCUGUUUCCUCUUAAAUGAUCACCUGUGCUGAUCUGAUCAUGGCAUUGAGGUCUAGAAAAGCGUGGACGAAUGUUAUGGUCGGGCUUUUGCUCGGGUUCACUGCAGCAUCAUGGCUCCUGGUGCCCCGGGUCACUGAGCUCAAAAAGACCUCCAUGUGCUCACCGUACAGUCUGGGUAAAGUUUCCGAAAUAGUAAGAACGCCCAUAACAAGCGACGCCUGGCCCGACAGCCAGCGCAAAGCAUCCUCCAGAAGCUACGAAGAGGAGGAUGAGGACCAAAGUGUGGACAAGCCAAGCCAUGGACGACCCAUUCCCCAUCCCAGACACUUCCUCUACGUUGGAGUCAUGACUGCCAAAAAGUAUCUGGACUCAAGAGCAGUGGCCGCAUAUAAGACAUGGGCGCCGAGCGUCCCAGGAAAGGUGGAGUUCUUCUCGAGCCACGGAUCGGACUCCGUGCCACUUCCUUUCCCGCUACCGUUGGUCUCGCUGCCAGGCGUUGACGAUUCGUAUCCACCACAGAAGAAGUCCUUCAUGAUGUUGAAGUACAUGCACGAUCACUACCUGGACAAAUACGAGUGGUUCAUGAGGGCGGACGAUGACGUCUACAUCCGAGGUGAAAAGCUGGAGCUCUUCUUGCGCUCGCUCAACAGCAGUAAGCCUCUGUAUCUGGGACAGACAGGUCUAGGCACCACAGAAGAACUGGGCAAGUUGGCACUGGAGCCUGGAGAGAAUUUUUGCAUGGGUGGCCCGGGCAUGAUCUUCAGCCGAGAGGUGCUGCGCAUGAUGGUGCCUCACAUCGGCACCUGUCUGAGGGAGAUGUACACGACGCAUGAGGAUGUAGAGGUGGGCCGCUGUGUCCGGCGAUUUGGGGGAACCCAGUGCGUCUGGUCAUAUGAGAUGCAGGAGUUGUUCUAUGAAAACUACGAGCACAAGAAAGGCUUCAUUGAGGAACUGCACAGCAGCAAGAUUCACAACGCUAUCACUCUGCACCCCAACAAGCGUCCAGCUUACCAGUACCGUCUGCACAGCUACAUGCUCAGCCGGCAGAUCUCGCAGCUGCGCUAUCAUACCAUCCAGCUGCAUCGUGAGAGCAGGAGCAUGAGCCACCUCAGCAACAUGGAGGUGCAGUGGGAGGACCAGCAGCUGGGCGCGCCCCCUUCCUACGCCCGCUACCAGCCAGCCGAACGAGCAGACGUACUCGAGUGGGAUUUCCUUAAUGGGAGGUACCUGUACUCUACUAGCGAAAAGAACAUGCCUCGACAGGGUCUCGGAAACGUGCUGCGCUCUGCCUUAGAGGACACGGUGCUCCAGGUGAUGGAGAUGAUCAAUGAGAACUCCAAAGUCCGAGGCCGUGUCAUUGACUUCAAAAAAAUCCAGUAUGGUUAUAGGAGGGUGAAUCCUCUACAUGGCGCCGAGUACAUCCUGGAUCUUAUGCUGCUCUAUAAGAGGCACAAAGGACGAAAAGUGACAGUGCCAGUCCGGAGACAUGUCUACCUGCAGCAGUCCUUUAGUAGGCCUUACUUUAAUGAACCUGAGCAGCUAGAUGUUGCUGAACUAGUGGAGGCAAUCAAUAGUGACUUCCAGUCUUUUUCGCUUCUCUCGAAUUCACUCAAGAUCUUUUACCCUUUUCAGUUUUCAGAGUCGAACAGGGAAACACGAGAGCAGGGUCAAAAGAAGCUGCACAUCCUCGUACCGCUUACAGGCCGCUACGAUACGUUCGUGCGUUUCAUGGACAACUUUGAGAAGGUCUGCCUUAUUUCUAACCAGAAUGUAAAACUAAUCAUCAUCCUGGUGGAUAAUGAUAGCAACCAAGACAAGGAGAAGCAUUUGGACUUGAUUAAAGACUACCAUAAUAAAUAUCCCAAAGCAGAUCUGUCUGUAAUACCAAUGACAGGAGAGUUUUCUAGGGGUCUCGCCUUAGAAAUGGGUGCAUCUGGCCUUAAUAAUGACUCCCUGCUAUUUUUCUGUGAUGUGGAUCUGGUCUUCAGUAGCGACGCACUCCAGCGAUGUAGAGACAACGCCAUUGAAGGGAGACAGGCCUAUUUUCCUGUCGUGUUCAGCCAGUACAAUCCCAAAAUCGUCUUGGCUGGGAGCCAUACUGAAGACAGCAACUUUGUCUUCACCAAAAAAACUGGCUUCUGGCGAGAUUACGGCUUCGGCAUCACCUGCAUAUUCAAAGGCGACUUGCUAAAAGCUGGAGGGUUUGACACUUCGAUACAAGGCUGGGGGCUGGAGGAUGUCGACUUGUUCACAAAGAUCAUUAACUCCGAUUUAAAAGUGUUCCGUUCACAAGAACCCGGUAUAGUGCACGUGUAUCAUCCUGUCCAAUGCGAUACUAAUCUAGAGCCCAAGCAAUACAAAAUGUGCCUGGGGUCCAAAGCGAGUACGUAUGCAUCUGCGAUGCAGUUAGCCGAACUGUGGCUGGAGAAACAUUUAGGCGUAGGAUACAGGAACAGAACUUCCUCCUGACAUGCCAGCAAUCGGUCAGUGUCACUGGAGAUUACCUCAGUUCCUCAAUACCUGGACGUAAAAGACAGAUUGUGUGUGUGUGUGUGUGUGUGUGUGUCUAAAGUGGAAGAAAGUGUGUGAAAUUAAAGGUACUCUAGCAGCGUUUGGCGCAGCAUAUUUAUUUGUGCAGUUGACUCUUUCACAGCGUCUUCCAAAGGUCAUUUAGGAAAAUGUUAAUGCCAUUUGUUUUGUGCUCAUUGUUGAAAACAUGAAAUCUGCUGAUUUACUCAGGAGCAUAUUUCUCAUCACAAGACCACCGUGUGUGAAUGUUCAGUAUUAUCCUUGCCAUUCAAGCUGAAUGAGAAGUGCUCUUGUUUCCAGGUUAAAGUGGACACAAACACCACCAUGAAUAAAUAAAUUAUUAAUAAAUUAAUAUAUUACCAUGGGGACAAUAUUAACGAAAGUACCAUAAAUGUGCUUUAAAGGGGGACUGAAGAAAAAGAAAACAUUCUUUAUACUAUUAAAAUAUUUUUUAUUUCUGCAGUAUUUUUAAAGUUACUGUAACUUUUAUUUUCUAGUUGCAAUAGGAUCAUUAUGUUAAGGUACUGGUUGCCUUCCAAUAUUUUUUCUGUAUUCAGUCUUUUAUCUUAUGUUAUUUUUGUGAGGCUCUGCUGCGGCAAACAAAGUGCAUCUCUUAUUAUUGUUGCUUUGUGAUAAAAUAAGCUUUUUUUUGUUGAUUAUUUAUAAUAAAUGUUGAAACGCAUAAACCUGUGUUUCGUCCCUGGUCAUCUGUGUCAGUUCAUUAGUAGUCGGUAAACUGUAUGUACUAUGAUGUAUGUAUAUGACAGAUAUGGUAUAGUUUUGUGUAUAUUUGCAUGUACUCUGCUCAGUAUGUUCUACAAUAGCCUUUAAUAUGCAAUGUAUCUGAUAAUAAUAAGAGCUGCCUAUUAGUGUUACCAACUCAGUGUGACCAAAUCCACAAGGAUUAUUUCCUGCAUGUUGGGGUUUGUGUGUUUCACAUACUAAAUAAUUAGAUAUAUACAUUAGAAUAUGAAACAUAUUCUUGUUCAAUCAAAGUCAUUUCUGUCCAAACCCUAUACCUAACUGACCCCAUGAAACUGUCGAACACACCACAAACUUCUCAAUAAGCUCAUUUGAUCUAUUCAGACACCAUUUUAGGACAUUGCUCAAAGAACAAUUUGCAGAACAUGUAUGAUAUUGCAGUAGAUUUGCCAAUGGUAGUAUAUAUGUGUGUUUUAUAUAUAUAUACUACUGGUCAAAAGUUUAGACACACUCAUUCUUUGUUUUUAUCUUUUUUUUUUUCCUCCACAUUUUAGAAUAAUAAUAAAAUCAUCAAAACUCUGGAAUAACACAAAUGGAACUAUAAAAAUAAAUAAAAUUAUUUUAAAAAUCCAAAAUAAAUCAAAAUAAUUGCGUAUUUUAGCAUCUUCAAAGUAGACUCCCUUUUUGCCUAGCAUUUUCUCAACCAAUUUCUUGAGGAAUCUCCCUGAGAUGCUUUUUAAACAGUAUUAAAGGCGUUCCCACCUACGCUGAACACUUAUUGGCUGCUUUUCUGAAUAUUUCGCUCCAAGUCGUCAGUUUAAAUUUUUUUUUUUUGUAAAUAAAUUGUUAGUUUUCUAAUGAAAUGAAUAUGUUGGCACAAUUAUAUUUUUGUCUACAACACCGAUUUCAAACAUUUAAUCACACACCUUCAGAUCAAAAGAUUUUUAAAGAUCAUGAGAAACAUUUCAGUCAAGUGUCUCUGAACUUUUGACCUGCAGUGUGUGUGUGUAUAAUUUUUUUUUUUAGUGGAAUUGGGAAAUUGUAUUGACCAUUAGGGUACUUUUCUCAUGAAGUCCGUUAGGUGCUUGUUAGUUUUGUAUUUAAUACAGAAAAUACCAUUUAACAUUUUCAUUCAGUUUGCUGUCUGCAUUUUGACUGAAUUUGGUCUAGUGUCAAAAUACACUAUAUUAUAUUGCAAACA